CUGCCUGAUCCCAACCUGCGACUGCUCAUUACCGACCUUGCCUUGUUCUCGACUACUCUUCUGCCUGAUCCCAACCUGCGACUGCUCAUUACCGACCUUGCCUUGUUCUCGACUACGCUUCUGCCUGAUCCCAACCUGCGACUGCUCAUUACCGACCUUGGCUUGUUCUUGACUACGCUUCUGCCUGAUCCCAACCAGCGACUGCUCAUUACCGACCUUGCCUUGUUCUCGACUACUCUUCUGCCUGAUCCCAACCUGCGACUGCUCAUUACCGACCUUGGCUUGUUCUUGACUACGCUUCUGCCUGAUCCCAACCUACGACUGCUCAUUACCGACCUUGGCUUGUUUACUCACCGCGCUUCCGUUUGAUCCUUACCUGCUUAUACGCUACUGGACCUCCGCUUGCUCACCUCCUGGUGGGGGUGAUCCUGAGGACCACAACCUGCAACUGGUCUUUGAGCCUGACCCCUGAUCGUGACAAU